AUGGCCCCAUCACUCCCAGGCCUGGGUCUACGAGGCCUACGCCUCAAGGUAGCUAUGGUUGUGCUUGUUGUCAUGCCUAGCUUCAUGCUAUUUGGGUACAACAACGGAUCAAGCGGAGGUAUUACGGACCUUGAAUCAUUUGUGAAACAAUUCCCCUCGUUGGAUACAGUCAACGUGGCCGGCACUGCAAAGUCUCAAAACUCUAUCAAUUUAGGCAUGAAAAGAAUUGUCACUGCUUGUUACGAUUUGGGCGCCAUUCUCGGUGCCCUCUCAUGUAUCGUCUAUGGGGAUAAAAUUGGCCGAAUUCGAACUAUUAUAUGUGGACUGGUCUCCUCGAUAAUCGCUCUCUCAAUUGAGUCGUCAGCUUUUCAAUUACCCCAGUUCAUUGUCGGAAGACUAUUGGUCGGUGCAUCCAUCGGUGUCAUUUCAGUCAGUAUUCCCGUGUGGCAGACAGAGUGCUCAACAACAAAGCAUAGGGGUAAGUUCGUCAUCAUGGAGGGCAUUUUCAUCAGUACUGGCAUUUCACUUCCGAGCUGGAUUACCUUCGGCUUUUUUUCGGCCUGGAAGACUUCGGCGCAAUGGCGGGUCACUCUUGUUUUCCCGGCCUGUUUUGCACUCUUGGCGCUGGUCUUUGUGGGCUUUAUGCCAGAAAGCCCUCGGUGGCUCGCCCGAAAAGGAAAGCUUGAAGAGGCUCGAGAGGUUCUGGCAGCAGUCAUGGAUAAACCUAGCUAUAGCCCCGAGGUGAAUGCGGAGAUCACUCAUAUCCACUCUCAGCUCGAGGCCAGCAAGGGGAGCUUUAGUUUGUUCUUCAGGAACAGCAAAGAACGCUAUAUUCAUCGCACUGUGCUCGCUACCCUAGCCCAGAGCAUGACACAGUGGUGUGGCUGCUCCGCAUUGAUCUUCUACACGUCGAUCGUGUUUAGCAAUCUAGGAUUCACCGGCACCUCCCGCCACUUGAUCAGUGCGGGGCUUGUUUCUACGUUCACUCUAGGAGCACUUUUGCCUCUUUUGCUGGUUGACCGAUUUGGCAGGCGUGCUUUGUUCCUGCUUGGUGCGUCCGGGAUGUGCAUUUCAAUGGCUGUGAUGGCCAGUACAAGCGACAAGAAACAUCUAGCAGCUGUGUCCACAACGUUCAUUUUUCUAUAUGCGGCAUCCUACUCAAUUGGAUUCCUCGGUCUCCCAUUCCUAUACGCAAGCGAGAUUGCCACGACGAAGAUGCGCUCGCCUAUCAUGGCCGUGGCCGUAACUGGCCAGUGGUUAGGGCAAUUUGUGGUUGGUCAGAUAACACCACCAGGGACAGUGCAUCUCAAAAACCACUACUGGAUCAUUUUCGCAGUCCUCACUGCGUCUUUUAUCCCAAUCGUCUUCUUUUUCUUCCCAGAGACAAACGGAAGAUCAUUGGAAGAGAUUGAUGACAUCUUCCAACAGUCGGGGACGUUUAAUAUAGUAAAAAACGCACGUUCUCUACCAAGGGAUAGUGACCUCAAUUCGCUGGACCUGGAGAGGAAAUAUGCUGGCUCGUUUCAUGCCACUAGCAAGGAAGACCGUGUCGCCGAGGUAGAGGAUAUCAGUUCUCGACCAGUUAAUUAG